AUGACUCGCUUAAGGUGCUACUUGCUGUUGCUGCUGCAAGAAACCUUACUGUCCAUCAGAUGGAUGAUGAUGAUGAUGAUGAUGAAUCUUUUUAUUAUAGUCUAUUUGCAACAACUAGGUUAUGACAGACUGUCUCCAAAUUCUUCCGCCAAUGUUUUUAUCUCCAUUUUUCAAAUCCAACUUCAAUUUUUCCAUCUCCCUGAUAGGAUAUCCAAGUAUGCCUGCCUGAAGUGGACGACAAGCUAUCCAGUAGGUGCUUCAGUUCAACCAUUGCCAGAAAGGGAAGGCGUGUAAUAAAGUCCAUAGUAUAAUCCAUAAAAUCCGGGGGAUCUCAUUUCUGUCAC